ACUGAGGUGGAGGGAGGGAAGGAGAGAGAGCGAGCACAAAUACAUCCGGCGGAGGCUGGUCCCUCCCGGCUUUCCCUCCCGACUGGAUUAGUGGACUACGUUGGAGGCAGUCUGAAGGAACGUCUCCGGCUGUGGCGGAAUCAUAUUGUCGGCGUUAGCUAGCGGCCGUUAAACCGCGCGACCAUGAACAGCGUAGCGAACUGGCUGGUGGACAACAAGGACAAGAUCGAGAAAGGGGUGGACAUCAUGGGGCAGGCGUCCGAGGUUCUGGCCGCCACCGUGGGCCAGCUGCACCCCAUCCUGGAGGCGGUCUUCAUGGCCUCGGCCGAGAUCCUCAGCAACCCGGAGAGCAAGGAGGCCGUCUACCUGAGCCAGAAGAUCGAGCAGGUCAACCAGAAGCUGGUGGGGAUCCAGAGCGAGAUCGACCAGAUCGCCCUGGAGCUGCAGAGGACGUCGAUGAACAAGCAGAGCUUCGACCGCGAGGCCCACAUGCUGGGCCAGUACGAGAAGUUCCAGGAGUUCAUCAACGCUAAGCCGAGCAUGAAGGAGAAGAAGAGGGAGAAGUUCAUCAAGUAUUACGAGAACACCGAGGCCGACUUGAACUUGGACGCCCUCUACAACGCCGUCGUGGGGGAGAACACGGCGGGGGACCCCACGCUGGACACCGUGGUGACCACGGAGCAGAGGAGCCGGAGGGCGGUGGAGGAGUUCUGCGCUCGGCUCAAGAAGCUCUUCGUGGUCGGCCUCAUCGCCGUCAUGGGCUACGCCGCCCUCAAGGAAGGCGUGGUGGAAACGGGCAUGAUGACCAAGUGGCAGGACAGGAUGGAGGCGGUGGAGAAGCGCAUGAAAGCCGCCGUGGACCACUGCACGGAGACCUUCGUGGACCAGGCCAAGCUGGACCUGGAGGACGCGCUCAAGGAGGACACGUGCACGGUGGGCGAGGACUUCACGCGUUCGCUCCUGGCCACGCUGGUCAAGAAGUACGACUGGGUCAAGUGGUCGGUGCGCGCCUUCAACAGCCGCGAGCGCAUCUUCUUCUACAACUGGCUGGCGGGACGCAAGUUCCACGGCAGCGGCGGGGCCAACUGGUUCGAGCUCGUGACCGGCAACAAGAUCAAGGUGGUGGUGUCGUUCUGCGUGGACCCGCAGCCCAUCGACAAGACCCGCAUCUACGAGCAGAUCGAGCAGCAGAGGCUGAAGGGCAACAUGAUGGCGGUGGCCCUCACGCUCAACCGCUGCUUCCCCGACUGCCUGGUGCACGCCGUCAGCCACUACAAGGAGGUGGUGGAGUCCAACAACUUCGGCGUGGAGUCCUACUACUACGGCAAGCACAAGCGGGCCUUCCUGUGCAUUCACCCGCAGUAGAAGCGGCGCCCGCCGCUGCACGCGCCGUGUCCUCCAUCAAUGUUCGCCGCAAUGGACUCUGAAGCACGAAGUCAAUCCACUUUUCAUGUCUUUCUAAGGUCCUUAUUUCAUCUCAGACUACUUAGCGCAAUGAAUCUGAAUCAAAGGGGGACAUAUUAUGGGAAAUGCACUUUUUAUUUGCUCGUAUUCAAAUUGUUUGAAGUCAGCUAAGUCGCAGGCGUCCAACUCAAGGCCACUCUAAUUGCGUGAACGCUCAACGGCAUUCAACAUAAGAGGUUUCCUUUCGUGGACCGAUAUUUCCAAGUAAAGCGUACGUCAGCCAAAGUCUGUUGUUUCGUGAAGUGACAAAAAUCCGUGUUGCAAAAGACCAGCAUGUUUUAGCUUUGCGAGAAAUAGCCAAGAGGCAGCGAGCGAGGCUUCCUGUUUAUAGAAACAAAAGUCACAUCGCAGCCGAGACCCCAAAGAGAACGCCCCGCUGACUUUGUUGCGUCAUAGAGCAGGACCCCGAUCGAUUUGGAACAUCAAUCUGACGUGCUUGAAUCACUGUGAUGUUCCUUUUCUUGUCAGUCUUUCAACUUUGCCAUUUUUG